AUGCAAAACUAUGGAUCUAAUGUAUUACAUAUCUAAACUAGAAUGACUUGGAUGAGAAAGGAUAAGUGAUGACAGAUUAACCUAAAAUCAAAGUUAAAUUUGAACCAAAACCUAAACCUUCUGCAUGUCCAAUCUGCACAAUUGAAUACUAUUAGAAAUUCUUUGAUAUUGAAUAAAGAGAUGUAUAUAUGAGAGUUCGUUGUUCACUUUUAUCUUGGAAACCUGAAUUUUAACAAUGUGUUGCCAAAAACCCUGAUUUAUGGGGACCCUUAUGGAUUUCCACCACUAUAAUCUUUAUUUUAUUUGCAGGAGGAAAUCUAUCUCGCUUUUUAUUGGAAGAAGAUAAAAAACAUUUUUAAUACGAAUAUAAUUAUAUGUAUGUUGCUGUUUUUUUAGUCUAUGCUAUGGCAUUUGUAAUACCCAUUAUAUUAGGUUUUAUAAUGAAAUAUAUUCUAAAAAGUGAGUUAGGAGUAUUUGAUGUUGUCUGUAUGUAUGGAUAUUCAUUAAGUGUUUAUAUUUUUGUACUUAUUUUAUGUAUCAUUCCAUAUAAUGAAGCUUAAUGGUUUUUUUUAAUGAGUGGCCUUGCAAACAGCACUAUUUUCUUAUUGGUUAAUUUGUGGGAGUAAAUUUUAUUUAAUAUUAUUUCGUAGUUUUAUGAAAAAAAGCAAACCUACACUUAUGAUAGCCAUACCUAUUAUAGUAUUCAACGUAGCAUUAAUUCUUUGUUUCAAAUUUUACUUUUUCAGGUUAAUUUAUGCUGUAGAUGAUUGA